AUGUCUGCACAAUCAUUCGACAUCCUUUUGGACAAGAUACAUCGGCGCCUUCUAAAAGGAUCCUUGCGGGAAGCCCUGAGCCCCAAGUUUCGGCUGUUUCUCACAUUGAUAUUUCUCGCUCACGGUCCAGGAGUUCCAUUUUUGGCAUGGAGCUUCAAGAUAGGGGUUUCAACAGCUCGAUCGAUCAUCCACGAAGUCUGCAGCACAUUGUGGGAAGAGCUCGUAGAUGAUUAUUUACCUGAACUGGAUGCUGAUCAAUGGAAGCAAAAAGCUAUCGAAUUUAAUGACUUGUGGGAUAUGCCGAACUGUUGUGGAGCUGUGGAUGGGAAGCACAUAAAUAUUGAAUGCCCCCCCAACUCUGGAUCACUAUUUUUUAAUUAUAAAGGUCAUCACAGCAUCAAUCUCAUGGCAGUCAGUGACGCAAAAUAUAAUUUUGUAUCUGUUGAUGUUGGGGCCUACGGUGGAAAUAGCGAUGGUGGUGUGUUUGCCAAUUCAGCGUUCGGAAAACGGUUUCUUGAUAAGAAAGUAAACUUUCCGGAUACGGAAGCAUUGCCCGGUACUAACCUCAACCUACCAUAUUACAUAGUAGGUGAUGCUGCAUUUCCAUUGAAAGAAAACUUAAUGCGACCGUACCCAGGCCAACAACUUCCUGCGCUAAAAGAGAAUUUCAAUAAGAGAUUAUCCCGUGCAAGAAGAGUUAUCGAAAACUCGUUUGGCAUUUUGGUGGCUAGAUGGCGAAUUUUGAAAAACACGUUGGUAAUGGAACCGACAUCGGCGGUCAGAAUAACUAACGCCUGCAUCGUACUGCAUAACUUUUUAAAUAAUACCGCAGAAAAAGAAUACCGUCCACCAAAUUUUGUGGAUAUUGUAGAUUGUGAGGGAGAAAUCGUAAGAUCUGGGGAUUGGCGUCAAGGAAGCAAUCCCUUAGCAUCUCUGUCCCAUCGCAGCAGUGGAAAUAACAGUACUCAGCAUGCACUCGAUGUCCGUAACCUGCUUUCCGAGUAUUUAUUUACUCAUCCGAUAGGGAUGACUCGCCUAUCUGCAGACUAA